GAAACUAACGACCGGAAGUAUAGUAACCCUGUCUACCCCUGGAUGCAGAGAGCCAACUCCUGCGCUGGUACAGUGUACGGCAGCCACGGCAGGAGGGGAAGACAAACUUAUACUAGAUAUCAGACUUUAGAGCUGGAGAAAGAAUUCCAUUUCAAUAGAUACCUGACCAGGAGGAGGAGGAUUGAAAUAGCGAAUGCUCUCUGCCUCACAGAACGACAGAUUAAAAUUUGGUUUCAAAACAGGAGAAUGAAAUGGAAGAAAGAAAGCAAGAUUAUUAAUUCUUCCCAACCCAACAGCGACCCAGCAGAGGACAAGCCAGUCAAUGAAAGUUAA